GGAGAUAUUCACAGUAAGGCAUAACCCAGACCGACCUUUGCAACUGAAUCUUAGGGUUUUUCCGAAUCUUACGACAUGACUUCUUUUCUCUCCCUCACACCGGCCCUUCCAUCCGUCAUCUCUCCGUUCACCGACCGAACGAAACCCCAAGUCACUCUCUUGAAUCGGGGUCAAUUCGGCGGCUUCCCCACUCACCGCCCAUUUCUUCGCGGCUCUCUUUGCGUCGCCAGAUUUGGGUUCAGACCCGGGUUGCUUCCCGACUUGGAUGGAUCCGAAGGGGUGAUUAAGGAACUUUUUGAUAGAGCUGAGGGUGUUCUGUAUACCAUUGCUGAUGCUGCCGUGUCUUCUUCCGAAAGUGUUGCUUCGACCACCCAGCAGAAUGGCGAUUGGCUCUCCGGUAUUACCCAUUCCAUGGAGACUAUACUGAAGGUUUUGAAGGAUGGGCUAUCCACUUUACAUGUUCCAUAUGCAUAUGGCUUUGCUAUUAUACUACUUACAGUUCUUGUGAAGGCUGCCACAUUUCCUUUGACUAAGAAACAGGUAGAAUCUGCAAUGGCAAUGCGCUCUUUGCAACCACAGAUAAAGGCAAUUCAGCAGCGGUAUGCUGGUGAUCAGGAAAGAAUUCAACUUGAAACUGCCCGAUUAUAUAAACUAGCUGGGAUUAACCCAUUGGCAGGAUGUUUGCCUACACUUGCCACAAUACCAGUAUGGAUCGGGCUUUAUAGAGCCCUCUCAAACGUGGCCAAUGAGGGACUCCUAACAGAAGGCUUCUUUUGGAUACCCUCCCUUUCUGGUCCAACUACAAUUGCUGCUAAGCAAAAUGGAAGUGGCAUCUCAUGGCUUUUCCCUUUUGUGGAUUGGCAACCACCUCUGGGAUGGUCUGAUACUUUGGCAUAUCUUGUGUUGCCUGUGCUGCUUGUUAUCUCACAAUACAUCUCUAUUCGAAUUAUGCAGUCCUCACAGAGUAAUGAUGCAAACAUGAAGGGCUCUCAAGCUCUAACAAACUUCCUUCCAUUAAUGAUUGGUUAUUUUGCUCUUUCAGUUCCUUCUGGUCUAAGCUUAUAUUGGUUCACAAAUAACAUAUUAAGCACCGCACAACAGGUAUGGCUUCAAAAGUUAGGCGGUGCAAAAAAUCUGUUGGGUCAACAAGACGUCACUCUCAAAGGAGAAAGUAAGCCCUUCUUUGAUGAUAUUAGCAAAGAAGAGCAAUCACAUAAUCAGAAGUCUCUCACAGAAUUGAAUUCCACCAGAAAGGCAGCCAAACAAGAAGAAAAGUUGACCUCAGAGGGGUUACUCCCUGGGGAAAGAUUCAAACAGAUAAAGGAGCAGGAGGCAAGGGGAAGACAGAAAAGGGAAGAAGAAAGGAGGAAGGCUGAAGAGGCAACUGCUAAAGUAAAUCAAUUAACCAAUGGUGCAUAUGAGGGAGAGGAUGGUCCAGUUAAGAAAAAUGGUGUUGCAACUGGCUUAGGGGAUGAAAAGAAUGAAAAACUUGAGUCUGUCGAAGGUCAGGAUUCCUCCAAAGUCGGUGUUAUUUUGAAUGGUGAUCUCUCUAGUCAGGACAUGAAUGAAGAUAAGAUGACAUCCCCACUUAGCAAGGAAAACAGUGAAUCAUCAGAACAUAUAGAGAAGGAAGAGUUUGAAUCAUAUCCAAGUGCCGCAACUGGAGAUAACAAGCAUUUCGAAGAUAAACAUCUUCAAGCCGGGAGAGAGUGACCCAAGAAAUAAGAAACAGCUCAUCCCAAAUUCAUCCAUGGCAACAAGUCAAACGAUUUGCCUGUUGGGUUGGAUAGGGGAGCAGCAUGAAACCAGUAGUUCGGUCCCUCAUCAAAAGUUCAAACAGCUCAUCAGUUAGGAUUUAACAUGCGCAAAAUGGAAUGUGGUUUGCAUAUGAUCUUGUCUCCUUAAUGGAUAUACGUUGUCCUUGGUGAGGUCUCUCUGGCUGGCUCGACUUGCAUAAUUUCCGAGACAAACGAAUAGCAAAAAUAGCUUUGCAAAUGAACAAGGGACAGUUUUGAAUCUUCCUUUUGUAUUUGUGGCAAGAGAUCACAUGUAACAAAAAUCAGUAGAGAGAUCAAUUACGAUUCCUUUUACUCCCUUUUACCACUCUGUUCUGACCUUUCCUUUGCUUCUGUUUUUCCGAGAAAAGGCAAUAGGCUAUUCAAUUGAAGUUGUUACUUUUCGUGUAUUGCAUGCAAGAUUAUAAUGCACUUCCAAGCUAUAUAAUUACAGGUUAUAAAUUUGCGCAUCAACG